UCCAAACGCCCGGAGGCUCCGGGGAUCAAAAAGCGGACGCGGCUUCCAAUCACGUCACUGCGGGCCUUGAUGGGCAGGCGCCGCCUCCAAUCACAGUGGCACUUGCCUUAUAUAUACUGGUUGCGAGCCCGCGCUGCCAUUCCUGCAGCAGUUCUCUGCUUGUUUGUGUCGGAAAUGGCUCGCACCAAGCAGACGGCGCGCAAGUCCACGGGCGGGAAGGCGCCCCGCAAGCAGCGGCCACCAAGGGCCGCCCGCAAGAGCGCGCCGGCCACGGGCGGCGUGAAGAAGCCGCACCGCUACCGGCCCGGCACCGUGGCCCUGCGCGAGAUCCGGCGCUACCAGAAGUCCACGGAGCUGCUGAUCCGCAAGCUGCCCUUCCAGCGCCUGGUG